ACUCACACACAUAUACAUACAUAUAUAUAUAUAUAUAGAUAUAUAUCUUUUGGGGUUAAUAAAUUUGAUAUUUUUUGGGGUGAGACUAAUGGAAGAAGGGAAAUUAGAAGGCGGGCUGACGGUGCGGGGCCGAGUUGAGAUCGACACACGGCAGCCAUUUCGUUCGGUGAAGGAGGCUGUGAUGUUGUUCGGAGAAAAAAUAUUGGCCGGAGAAGUAUAUGGCAACAAAUUCAAAGAGCUGCAAAAGAUGGCUGCCGGCGACGGGCAAACAGGGCAGCAGCCGGCAAAGUUAGGGGCGGUGGCGGCCGAGCUAGAGGAGACGAAACAAAGCCUACAGAAAGCAAGAGAAGACAGCAACCUAAUGGCACAUUGCCUCACUUCUCUACAACAAGAACUCGAACACACCAGAAAGGAGCUUCAACAGCUCAAGUCCAGAUCAAAGACAAUCGAUCAGCCAGAGAUCGAGGAGAUCAAGUUUGUUGAGAACCCGAAAAUGGUAGUGGAAGCAAUCAAAUUCCCCGAGAACAAUGGGGUGCCGGCAGUUCUUGAAAAGAAAAGAUCAGUUAAGUUUGCAAGCCCCCCGAUGCUGACAAAAGUGAUCGUCAGCAAAGACGGGCAAGAUAGGGAAAAGGGGCUCAAAUUGUCCAAGAAGACGAAGAAGAAGCCCCUCGUUCCAUUGCUAGGAGGGUUGUUCGGGAAGAAGGGAACCAAAGAGUGAAGUAUGGGAGGUAAGUAUAUACACAAUAGACAUGUAAACACACCUAUUAACUUUCAUGACAAGAAAUGUGCAAAACUUUAAAAGGUUUGGAAGUAAUAAUGAAUUGAUGAUUGUAUUUUUUCAUAGUAGCCACCGAAAUCCCCUUUUUCUCAUGUAGCUUUGUUCCAUGGAUUUGUACAAAUUUAAAAAAGGAAUCUAAAUCUAUAGGGGAUAAAGAUAUUUCCUACAAAAAAACAAAUAAAUCGACUACCUAGAUACAAAACCUAUUAUUCAUUCAAAAGAAAUUUAAAAUCGCAAAAAAAAAAACACUUAAAUACAUCCGAGGAUAGGGCAGAGAUCACU